AUGUACCCGUGGAACUGCUGCAGAACUUGCCUCAACGAGCAAUUUCUACAUCCAAUAUUCGCACUUCCCGAGCAAAGUGAUAAAUAUUCUAAAUUGAUACAAUUAACUACUGGUUUAAAGGUUGAAGUAAACGACACACUUCCACAAGAAAUGUGCUCUACAUGCAUUGCAUUUAUAAAUGAGUCAAUUAAAUUUCGUAAACGCUGUGAAGAUGCUCAGAAAUCUUUAUUAGAUCACAAGAUUCAUGAUAUUAAGUCUGAAACACCAUACAUUUUAAAAAUAGAAUAUGAAAAGGCAACAACAAUAGAUAUAUCUGAAUUUUUACCACCUGAUGAUGACUUUAAAGAUUAUGAUGAUAACAUUACACUAGAUAACUUGCAGUACAGUAAUUGUGAAAUUUCUGAACACAAAAUCUGUAAUAUGCCGGAUAAACCAUUGCAAAAAGAAUUUGAACCUAGAAUAUUAGAUAUAAUAGAAAAACCAGAAGAAAUAGUUUUUAACAAUAAAACAAAUAAAAAAGACAAUGUUGAAAUUAAACCUAGGAGAACAAUAAAGAAUAAAAUUGAGAAGCGAGAAAAGGAUAAAGAGUCAAAGAAAGAGAAGGCUGAAAGAGUGAAAGAGGAGAUCGAAUGUGAAUAUUGUCAUAAAAUAUUAACAUCAAGGUUGUCAUUACGUAACCAUUACAAGAUACACACAGGUUUUGAUGUAGUUUGCGAGCACUGUGGUAAAAAAUUUAUUACCCGUCGCCUCCUGUUGAUGCACUGUCGCGCGAAGCACGGCUACGAGAAAACAGACAAGUGUUCCUACUGCGACUACAGGGCUUCUAAUGCUGAGCAGGUGAAGGUAGGUUUAUAUGUGUUAGUGUUGAUGCACUGUCGCGCGAAGCACGGCUACGAGAAAACUGACAAGUGUUCCUACUGCGACUACAGGGCUUCUAAUGCUGAGCAGGUGAAGGUAGGUUUAUAUGUGGUAGUGUUGAUGCACUGUCGCGCGAAGCACGGCUACGAGAAAACUGACAAGUGUUCCUACUGCGACUACAGGGCUUCUAAUGCUGAGCAGGUGAAGGUAGGUUUAUAUGUGGUAGUGUUGAUGCACUGUCGCGCGAAGCACGGCUACGAGAAAACUGACAAGUGUUCCUACUGCGACUACAGGGCUUCUAAUGCUGAGCAGGUGAAGAUCCAUGAACGCCUGCAUACGGGCGAGAAACCCUACGUUUGCAAAGAGUGUGGUGCUGGAUUCCAUCGGAAGAGUAGCUAUCUCCAGCAUAUCGCCAUACACCUUCCCGAGAAAACAGUGCAGUGUACCCAAUGCCCGGCUCGCUUCAAAUCUGCGACUCUGAUGCGGAUCCACGCCAGCCGCCACCGCGCCGCCCGGUACUCGUUCAAAUGCCGCGUGUGCGACGGAAGUUUCGCGAGACGGCGCAACGUUGCGCGACACUUGCAGCGGGUGCACGCUUUACAACCCCAGCAGGAGCACAUCGAGCGUCUAGUCUUGACCUGA